AUGUCUUCUGCAGCUGCUGUCUUCACUCAGGUGCUCGCGGUUUCCAUGGUCUCUCUGACUCUCGGCGGUGGUCAGUUCGGAUUUGGUGGCGGAUUUAGCAGCGGAUUCGGUGGUGGACUUGGUGGUGCCUUUGGCCCUACCUUUGCCGGCACAUUCGCACGCCAAGAACAGUAUUACCCGACGCAACCGUACAGCUUCGGCUACAACAACGUUGACCAGUACGGCACCAGGUCCUACCGCAAAGAACAGGGCGACGCCUCCAACACCAAGACGGGCAUGUACGGCUACUCGGACGCCAACGGCAUCUUCCGCCAGGUGAAGUACAUCGCUGAUGCUGGAGGCUUCCGCGCAAAGAUUGACACCAACGAGCCCGGAACCGCCCCUGGAGCCAGUGCCGACGCGGUCUACAAUGCGAACCCUCUACCCGCUGGCCCGCAGUACCGAAUCAUUGGUGGAUCCUCCCCCUUCUCCUCUCCCUACACGAGCGCCUCCACUUCUGGCUUCGGUUACGGCCGUCCUUGGUCUGGAUAG